CUGGGUCAUAGUCUUAGACAAGGGUAUUUCAUUUUCAAUCCAGGUUUCACGUGACUUGGCUCUCUUUCGCGCGCAUUCUGGCAACGUCCAAUCAUCUGCAACUUCUGAUAAAUUUUUGUUCGAACUGCGAUAGUGCUGCCAAGCUGACUACUCUUUCGUUUUGUGACUUCGCAACGCUUCACCGGCUUGACCAUCUCACGUGCUUUCGAACACGAUCGCUAUAACCCAGCAGGCACUCUUGGUCUGCAGUGUUCGCCCAUUCUCUUUCAGCAGGUCGCCACGUCAGUGGAGCAUUCAAAGAUGCCACUACAAAAGGUGACCCAAAGGAAAGGUCGGGCGGUUUUGAACACGAAAAAGGCAGUGUUCAACAAGAGUCACGGCAGUUCUUAUCUCUCGCAGUCAUUUAUUCUGACCAAGCUGAAGAAGCGGUUGCGAACUGUGAUCGAGCAGAACAAGGUGCUGGCCUUUGUCCUCGCUGAAGCCAAAAACCAGAAUAGCAGGCUCAAGACUUCAGCAGUACGCCAAGGAAAGAUCGAGCGUCUCUUACUUCCACAGCUGAAAGUAUGGAUGGAGGAGAGCUUGAGUCACAUGCAAGAGAUCACCCGAGUCCACGGGCGAGCGAUUCUGUCUAUCCAUAACAUCCUCAUGUACGGCCAUGACGUCAGCCUGGCCCCUGAUUGCGGAGAUGUCUUCCAGGAGGCGCCGCCACCGAGACGGAGGUCCUUGCACCCCCCUGGCAGUCGCCUCACGGCAGAUCUGACUGUGGUUGAGGAAGACCACACCGGAGAGCAGGAGUCUUUCUCUCCCGGCCAACAGAACCUACCGGCACAGAACGAGGACAAGCUGCUGCUGCCCGAGAUCCUGGAAACUCCGAGCAACGACGACUGCCAGUCAUUCCUACACGCUCCGAGUCCAGGGCGGUCCGACGAGCAGGCUUCGCUGGCUCCAGGCCAGGAGGACAUGCGCCUGAGCACGUCGCCGUGCACCGAGGGAUCGAGCUUUCUGCUUUACGAACGUCUGGAGAGACAUCGGAGGUUAUCCGAAACUCUUAGUGCGAGCCUUCCGGCGUCUCCAUCCUCUGCUGCCGGUUCUGAUGUCCACUUCGCCUUCAGCCCUCAGACAUCGCAGCUGCCAGAACCGGCUGUCUGGAAAUCGCCUGCAAGCUCCAACACUACCCCCCUGGCUGACAUUGCCUUUGUCUGCUAUGAGGACCUGAGCAGUCCAGAGGAAGUGACGAGUCCUGGAGUGGUGGCCGUAGCCAAGGGUUCCCCAUCCGGACAAGCAUCACCGAAAGUCCCCAAGCAUACACUCGUGACUCCAACCAAGAACCCCCGAUAUAAAUUCUUCACGUCGAAGAACGCGCGUGCCGAUGAAACCCCAGGGGCGUCGAAACAAACAACGGUUUUACCGGGACAGCCCCUCAUUGACAAAGCUGAGCCUGCCCCCGAAGGUUCGCGGAGUGGACGAGUCUCAACUUCCCGGACGGGCGAGCGCAGUAAAAUGCCCUUCUGGCUGCAGAGUCGUGCAGCCACCUCCGACCAGGAGAAAUCAGCAGAGAAGCCUGAUGAAGGUGUGGUGCACACUGCUCUUAGUUUCCUCAGCAACGGCCGACGAGCCCCCACCACCACCUACGAGAAGAAGUGAGCGACCUCGCAAACUCUCGGUACCCUCUUACAAAGAGCCCAAUGUUAACAGGAAAAUGCGACGCCAGUGAUUGGCAGGACAGCACCUUCCAGAGUCCAGACGAUCAGCUUGUGUGACAACACACAAUCUGUUGAUCAAUUUUAGUUUCAAAUAUUUUAUAGUUACUCCAACAGAGCGACUCCAUUAUAGUCUGUUGCAGGUUAAAAAAAGCAGCACCUGCUCCUCCCCCGAAGCUCUCCACUCUUUCCACUUCAGCAGCGCACACGCUGGAGAGGAGUCCAUUCUCGCCUCCUCUCUGCAGCGUUCGCUUUGUUAAAAUAAGUGAAGGGCAUUGCGGGUGGAGCUUGUUCGGCUUUCUUAACCUGCGACAGGCUAUAGUGCAGUAGCUCUAUUGGAGUUAGUUUUAACUGUUUUAUCUGACUGCAUUCAAUAAAAUCGUACAGGGAAAACCUCCACAGGGGCUCUAACCUCUAACAGAGUGCUUCGUAAAAGAGUGCACAUACUCUUGCCUCAUGCGCAAGGCAGC